AAUUCUAUAUAACUAUUUCAUUUCCUAUAUUUCCUCAUCACAAUCUUAGCUACUCCUAAAAAAACAAAAAAUAAACAUAUCGCCGCAACCCUCUUUCUUUAUCGAGUUAGCUAAACUAAAAUAUUCACAAUGCAAGAAGCACUUCCAUACAAGUCAUGGCAAAAUUUUCCAACAGAUUUCAGAACUCUAAACAAAUCUUCCUCUUUAUUAAAUCAAGAAUCAAAAGGGGAUGUCAAAAACAUGAUUACAGAAAACGCCGUUAUAGUUUUCGGUCGGCGCGGCUGUUGUAUGAGCCAUGUUAUAAAAUGUUUGCUUCAUUUUCUUGGAGUGAACCCGGGAAUUUAUGACAUUGAAGAAAAAUAUGAAAAUGAGGUUGUAAAAGAGCUGGAGGAUAUCGGCGGCGGUGAUCGGAAAGAUGGUGUUUUGCAGUUGCCGGCGGUGUUUGUCGGAGGAGAGUUGUUCGGAGGACUGGAUCGGAUUAUGGCUGCUCAUAUUAGUGGUGAAUUGACUCCUGUAUUGAAACAAGCUGGGGCAUUGUGGCUUUGAUUUUUUUUUCGUCUUGUUAUUGUUAAUUCCUAUAAUUUAAAGACUAAUUCUUACAUGAAAAUAUAUCUGCUUUUGCUUCUUUUUUCUUUUUCUUUUUCUUUUUGAAAGUAAGUCUUAAUUAAAUUUGAUUUAAGUUAUGUACAAGAAAGUUAAAGAAUUUUUACACUUGUAGUUUAA